AUGUAUAUUGAAUCGAUUAUCAUUGAUGGGUUCAAGAGUUAUUGUAACCGCACGGUUGUUGGUCCAUUGGAUCCUCACUUCAAUGCUAUCACAGGGCUUAACGGUAGUGGCAAGUCAAAUGUUCUGGAUUCGCUCUGUUUUGUCAUGGGAAUUUCUGAUUUGACUCGUAUGAGAGCCAACAAAUUGGAUGAUCUCAUUUAUAAGCAAGGACAAGCAGGUGUGACAAAGGCCACAGUAACGCUGAUAUUCAACAACAAGUCUGCAUUCAGCCCCCUCCCUGAGCCAUAUAAGAAUAUGCCUGAGCUUACUGUUACAAGGCAAAUUGCGAUGGGUGGACGCAAUAGAUACUUCCUCAAUGGCCAUCCUGUGGCACCCAAAGCCAUUUCUGACUUUUUCCAAAUGGCAAAGAUGAAUGUAAAUAAUCCUCGCUUCCUCAUUAUGCAGGGUAAGAUUACUUCAGUUGUCAAUAUGACGCCAAAAGAGCUGUUAGGAUUGUUAGAAGAGGCUGCUGGUACUAGGUUAUACGAGUCAAAGAAGGCGGCUGCAAUUAAACUAAUGUCCAGGAAGGAUGCUAAGUUGGAGGAUAUUAACAAGGUGUUAAACGAAGAAAUCGAACCUGCUCUUGAAAAGUUGAAGAAGGAUAAGGAUGACCUCGUCAAGCUCACCAACACCGAAGAGGAACUGGAGCGGUUGACACGGUAUAACGUGGCUUACACAUAUUAUAAGGCUAAGGAAAAUAAGUUGGCAUUACAGGAAAAACAAUCAGCACUACAAUAUGAAUUGGACGAUUUGAAAGACCAGAUUAAUGAGUUUCACAAAAGGUUCAACAAGGUGCAGGAGGAGAUUGACCUUAAAAAGCAGGAAAUAGAUUGCGUAUCAAAACCAAUAGCUGAGGCACAAAUAGAGAAAGAUAAUAUUGAGAAGGAAAGGGAUAAAUUAGCCACUGAGACCAAAAUGCUGCAAGAAGAUCUAAAGGAAUCUGAAAAUGCAAUAGCUGAGCUGGACAAAGAUAUCUCUGGUCUCCAAGCUCAACUAGACAAUAUACAAAAGUAUACUCAAAAGGAUGAGGAUAGAUUGGUCAGAAUUCAGGAGGAGUUACAGAAGAAGAAGGAUAGAUUGACCGAACUUGAAACUGAUGUAAGUGAUAUGGGAGGGGGUAUUAAAUUAUCACAGUUAAAAGUAUUAAAAACGAAGCUCUCCGAAGUAGAAUCAUCAGAGUCUAAAAUUAAUCAGACAUUGCAGCACUAUAGGAAUGAGUUAACAGAGGCCCAGAAGCAGAUUAAAAAAUUAUACAAUGAAAAUGACGAUUUAAACGCACAAAUAGCCUCUAUAAAUACUGGAAUAACGCAGUUAGAAUCGAAGUUAGAUCCUAAUUUAUCAGCAGAUGCAUCAGAACUGGAUAGAAGCAUUUUAGAGUUAGAAUCACGAAAACGUACUUUAGAGGGACAAAUAACAAAUAUUGAGUGUCAAAUAAACUCUUACCGAAUUAAUGUUAAGGUACCACAUGGAUUUCAAAAUACAACAAACCUAAAUUACGACUCUUACUUGGGCCAAGCGCUUGAUCUAUUUAAUCUAAAGGAUGAGUUUAUUGAUUCAUGUGGUAUAGCUUCUCAAACUUUGUUUGGAGGGAAAUUAAACUAUUUAGUAGUUUCCAACAAGCAAGCUGCCAGAAAAUUUUUUGACGAAAACGAUUUUAAGAAAUCCAAGCGCAAAAUAACAGUACUCCCUCUUAAUGAUAUUGUUGUGCGUAGAACUUUGACUCAAUCCCAGGUUGAAUCUUGUCGUCAACUUGUGGGCGUGGGCAAUGAUUUGAAAGCCGUAUUAGGUUAUAGAGAUUAUUUGGAUUUCGAUCCUCAAUUUGAGAAACUUGUUCAAUAUGUCGCUGGCAACGCUCUUAUUUGUUCCUCUUCCAAAUAUGCUAGAACAAUUGCUUAUAAGGGGGGUAGUGCCUCGUGUUCCACGGUUACUAUGGAUGGCGAUAGAUUUGAUGUCCAAGGCAACAUGUCUGGUGGAUCAACUAAGGGCAUGUUCAGCGUACUAUCCCUCAAAAGCAGGCUGAACAUUUUGUUUAAAAACAUCGAUGCAGUAAACGUUGAGAUGAAUACGCUUCGAGCUUCCAAACAGCGGUACGAUGAAGAUAAGGAGAUUCGUAAUAAGAUAGCCCUUUUGAAACGAAAACUUCACAAUUGUACGGAGAGAAUUGCCUCCUCUGAGUUUGCCAUAAAGGAAAAAUACAUUGUGGAAGUGGGUGAGAAUAUUGAUAAACUCAAUGCGCAGUUGGAGGAGCUGAAAAGGGAUAAAAUGGAAUUAAAGGAGAAGAUCAAAUCACUUUCUGAUUCCAUUGCCGACUGGGAAAAGAACAGGUUAGCAAAAGAGGCAUCGGCUAAGGAGGAGAUCAGAAGGUUAAAGGUCGAACUUAAGAAUGAAACAGCUGCCGUUAGCAAGAUACAGCAAGACCAAUCUGAUAUUCAGAUGGAGAAGAGUACUAUAUGCAGUAGGUUGGAGAAAACGAUUGAGGAGAAAGAUGCUAAGGUAGCUCAUAGAGAUGGGCUAAGCAGUAAAUUAGAGGAAUUGAAAGGCAGGUUGAAUGAUAAGCAGACGGAAUUGGAUGUGAAAUCUGCAGAUUUAGAGAAUAAGAAUAAAGAAUUUUUAAGCUCCCAAAAGGCUACUAAGGAAUUGGCAAAUGAACUCAAAAAAAUGGAAACUGAGAAUCAGAAGGUGAACAUGAAACUACUGGAUAAGCAGCAUGAGAUGGCAAAUUUUAGGGAGGAAUACGACAAAACGAUCACCGAACUGAACAAUCUAGUGAAAAGUAAUUCAUGGAUCCCCCUUGUUGAAGAUACAUUUAAUCAAGCUAACAGUCAAUUCAACUUUUCAACUUUGCGUCCAGAAACGGUUAGGAAGAGGCUGGACGAGUUAAAUCAGCAGCACCAAAACAUGGGUCGUCACGUCAAUAGGAAUGCGGUACAAAUUUUUGAAAAAACUAACAAUCUUUUCACAGACCUCAUAAAGAAGAAGGAUCGCGUUUUAAACGACAAAGCCAAGAUACAGGAGGUUAUUGAGAAUUUGGACAAAGCUAAAAUGGAGAGUUUACACAAACUAUUUUCUGUAGUGAGUGUGUAUUUUUCCAACAUAUUUCACACACUCCUCCCAAACGCCCAUGCCAAACUGGAUUUGGUGGAUGGGCAAUUGGCCAACGGUAUUGAAAUGAGAAUUGGAUUUAACAAUGUCUGGAAGAAUUCACUUUCUGAACUCUCUGGGGGACAGAGAUCCUUGCUAGCCCUUUCAAUAGUGCUAGCGCUAUUAAAGUGUCGCCCAGCUCCGGUUUACAUCUUGGAUGAAAUUGACUCUGCGCUGGAUCUUAGCCAUACUCAAAACAUUGGAUACAUGAUAAAAAACCACUUUAGUUAUUCUCAAUUCAUCAUAGUGUCUUUAAAACAGGGGAUGUUUACCAAUGCUAAUGUAUUGUUUCACACUUGCUUUGUAAACGGAGCCUCUACUAUUAAUAGGAGAGAGUUGGAAAACAAAUAG